CACUCGCCUUCCCCCAACCAUAUCGCCUCGCAGAUCCCCAGCCCACCGUCUAUCGCCCGUCAUCUCCCCACAAAAACCCUAAGAAGAAGAAGAAGCAGAAGCUUCGAUCGAUUACCAUUGACGGCCUCGCGACAUCUGAAUCGAGAUCCCUCUCGAGGGAUUGUACGGUUUCCCCAACCGUCGAAUUCGCGCUCUCGUCUUCCUCAGCCGAUAAUGGGCGCUUCCGGUGGCUCGUCGUCGGCCCGCUUCCACGGCGUUGAUCGCUUCUACAGCCCGCCCGCGGUCAGAAGGCAGAUCGAACAGCAGCAGAAGCAGAAGCUCCAACAGCAACAGCAGCAGCAGCAGCAGCAAUCACCGACGCACAGGCCGGCGCGGCCUAAGCCCCGGCCCGCCCAGCCUGCAGCGCAGCCGCUGGUCGAGUCGCGUGAUGCCGCGGAUAAUCGGGCCGAAUCAGAUGAUUCAUCUUCCAAACAAUCGGUCUCGUCCUCACCCUCGUCUCCCUCGCCCGUGCCGCCGCCGCCUGCCGGGAACCUCGACCGGUUUCUCGAGUUCACCACCCCGGUCGUCCCCGCUCGUUAUCUGCCCAAGACGAGCGUGAGGGGGUGGAGGAACUGCGACGCCGCGACGGUGCAAUCGCAGCCCUACUUUUGCCUUGGAGAUCUUUGGGAAUCUUUGAAGGAGUGGAGCGCUUAUGGCGCUGGGGUGCCUCUGGUGCUGAACGGGAGCGACUCCGUUGUUCAGUACUAUGUGCCGUAUCUUUCUGCAAUCCAACUAUAUGUGGACACUUCGAGUGCCACCUUGAGAUUAAGUGACAGGGAUCGAUUCCCAGAUACUAGCAGCGAUAGCAGUUGUGGGAGUGAAGUGGACCAAGUACAGGAAAGAAUUACAUCCUUGGGAACUAUCAACCACAAUGUGCAAGGAGACUUUGUAGGUGACAAUGGUGAUGCUUGCACCCCAGCCACUCGUCCUGUAUUUGAGUACCUAGAGCGGGAUCCACCAUAUGGAAGGGAACCUCUCGCUGACAAGAUAUCAGUUCUUGCAAGUAAAUUUCCAGAUCUGAAGACAUAUAGAAGCUGUGAUCUAUUGUCAUUGAGUUGGAUGUCUGUUGCAUGGUACCCAAUAUACAGGAUACCAAUGGGACCAACAUUAAGGGACUUGGAUGCUUGCUUUUUGACAUUUCACACUCUGUCAUCUCCUAAAAAUGGAGCUGGUCCACAGUCUGAGGUUCAUGGAACUCAUUCUGUUAGAGAUGUCAAGAGAUCUGUGAAGUUAACGUUGCCUGUCUUUGGGCUUGCUUCAUACAAGUUCAGAGGUUCUAUUUGGACAUCUAAUGGACUGCACGAACGACAGAUCUCAAGCUCUCUGCUUCAAGCUGCAGAUAAUUGGCUUCGCCUUCUUCGUGUAGAUCAUCCAGACUAUAGUUUUUUUGUGUCUCAUUAUAGCGCAUUUAGGAGAUGAUCUUUGAUUCAAGUGAAACUGCCCAUUUUAAUUUUUUGGUGUAUCAAUCAGAACUUUAUCUGGGUGCCCGUGGGACAGUUUGCCAUCAGUCUGUUUUUAUUGGCAUGUCUCGUUCCGCGAUCUUAUGUUUUUGAGAGAGGAGAUACACAGAUAAGCGAGAACUUUAUAUUUUUACAAAGCUCUUAGAAUAAAAUUCUACAUUAAGAGCCA